UGACUCAAAAAAAUCAAAUAUUUCUCCCUGGCACUAGACCUAGACACAGGCGCACAGUAAAUCUUCUCUAUAUACCCAAACAACAGUCAUUCGUUUAUCCCAGUUUGUUUUAGCUGUGACUGCAACAUCCACAAAUAUAUAGAAGCAUCUCUCAGUUGAGUUGAACUAGUGCUGUUCAGUAGGCUAGCUGUCAAACAUUUUGCGUGCCGGGUGGUCGAUAUUAGACCAAGAAGAAACACUUCGAAUUGCGUGGAAGCCCAAAGGAUAAAAGAUGCUACCGACUCGUGUGGGAAUCACCGGGGUGACAGCAUGUUGCCUGGUGUUACUUUCCCACUGUUUUGCUCCUACAGAUGCUGCGUAUACAUGUGGGACAAGUCAGUUCAGGUGUGGCAACGGGAAAUGUAUCACCAGCCGGUGGGUGUGUGACGGAGGUGAUGACUGUGGUGACGGAACUGACGAGCUGCCAGCCGCCUGCGAGGCUAAGACCUGCCUGCCCACUGAGUUCAGCUGCGGAGGCCCACUGAACAAGUGUAUCUCCGGAACGUGGCACUGUGAUGGCAAAGCUGACUGUGACAAUGGAGCUGAUGAGAAGAGCUGUGCCGCAAAGAACUGCACCGACAACGAGUUCCGCUGCUCCAACGGUCAGUGCAUCGCCGUCUCCUUCGUGUGCGACAAGGACAACGACUGUUCCGAUGGUUCUGACGAGACUUCCUGUCCCACCGCCACCUGCGGUCCCAACGCCUUCCAGUGUAACAACACUGUGUGUGUCCCGCGUCUCUGGGCCUGCGACGGUGACGCCGAUUGUGCCGAUGGUUCAGACGAGUGGCCCCAGAACUGUGGCGGGAGGGACACCAAACCGACAACAAAGCCCUGUGGGCCACAUGAAUUCCACUGUGGGAGUGGGGAGUGUAUCCACAGGAGUUGGAGCUGUGAUGGAGGCAAGGACUGUCAGGAUAAUUCAGAUGAAACCAACUGCAGUCGGCCCACUUGCCAGCCAGAUGAGUUUCAGUGUAAUGAUGGCUCCUGUAUCCAUGGUAGCCGUCAGUGUGACCGCCAGUUUGACUGCAGGGAUCUGAGUGAUGAGAUUGACUGCAAGAGCGUGGAUGCGUGUGAGGGCCCGAAUAACUUCAGGUGUAAGAGUGGGGAGUGCAUCACCGUGGACAAGGUGUGCAACAGGCAGAAAGACUGCCGAGACAUGUCCGACGAACCUAUCAGGGAGUGUGGCAACAACGAGUGUUUGACCAAUAACGGCGGUUGCUCUCACACCUGUACCGACCUGAAGAUUGGCUUCAAUUGCUCCUGUCCUGCUGGGUACAGUCUGGGGAAGGACAACAGGAAAUGUGAAGACAUUGAUGAGUGUGCUGACCCAGACACCUGUACCCAGAUCUGUGUGAACAUCCUGGGAAGUUACAAGUGUGAGUGUGAGGAGGGCUAUGAACUGGACCCCAAGACCAAGACCUGCAAGGCUGCCACAGGUACUGUCCCCUACCUGUUGUUCACCAACCGCCACGAGGUGAGGAAGAUGACUCUGGACCGUAGCGAGUACGUCCCUCUCAUCCCCAGCCUGAAGAACGUGGUGGCCCUGGACAUGGACAUGCCUGGACACAAGAUCUUCUGGUCUGACCUGUACCACAGGAAGAUCUACAGCGCCGACAUGAACUUGGCAGGGAACUCCUCCCACCACAACGUGGUGAUUGACAGCCAGAUGGAGGCGCCGGAGUGCCUGGCCGUCGACUGGAUUCACGGUAACAUCUAUUGGACGGACAGUGUGCUCCAGACCAUCUCCGUGGCAACCACGGACGGAACACGGCGAAAGACACUGAUCAGCGAAGGACUGGAGAAACCAAGAAGCAUCGUGGUGGACCCAGCCAAUAACUUCAUGUACUGGACUGACUGGGGCGACGAGGCCAAGAUCGAGAAGAGUGGGCUGAACGGAGCCGACCGCGUCGCCUUGGUAACGGACAACAUCAAGUGGCCUAACGGCAUCACUCUUGACAUGGUUAACCAGCGUCUGUACUGGGUGGACUCUAAGAUGCACACCGUCUCCAGCAUCGGCGUAAACGGAGAAGGACGACACACACUCAUCUACAACGAGGACAAGCUGGCUCACCCCCUCUCUCUCGCCGUCUUCGAGGAGAAAGUAUUCUGGACCGACAUGGGCGACAGAGCGGUCAUGAGCGCCAACCGCCUGACAGGAAAUGACAUCACUGUACUGGCGGAGGACCUGAUGCAGCCAGAGGACAUCAUUGUAUACCACAACCUCAAGCAGCCCAUCGGAAAGAACUGGUGCACAGACAAAAACUUUGUGAAUGGAGGUUGUGAGUUCCUAUGUCUACCUGCUCCCCAGAUCAACCAACACUCCCCCAAAUACACCUGUGCCUGUCCUGAUCACAUGACCCUCGGCCUGGACAUGAGGAAGUGUGUGGCAGCUCCAACAACUACCGCUCCCUCCACCACUCCCAAAAUUGCAGCUCCCAUCCCUACCAGGGCCCCAACCAAACAGCCAGCUGGCCCCACUUCCACCACAACUACAACUACCACAACUACCUCCUCCGCCCGCCGGGUCCAGCCUCAGGACCCUGAUAGGUCCGCGACCACUCACAGUCCACAGGAAACUGCGGUCACAGGUCAAAGUGGCUAUGUUGCCAUGCCCAAAGUAGCUGAGGCAUCACACCAUACUGUGCUCUACAUUGUCUUACCUAUCAUGAUGAUGUGCCUGGUGCUGUUUGGUGCAGUGUUACUAUGGAGACACUGGAGGCUGAAGAACACCAACACCAUCCACUUUGACAACCCCGUGUACCAGAAGACCACAGAGGACGAGUUGCACAUCUGUAGAAACCACAGCCAGGACGGAUACACCUACCCACAGAGACAGAUGGUGAGCCUGGAAGAAGACCUGGCAUGACUAGUAGAAGAAGAAGAACAAGUGGAUAUGAAGAAUUGUAUUUAAAGAGAGAUUUUUUGUUUGAAAAAGUGACAAACAUAAACCGAUGGAGGUCAUUUUAACCCUAAUGCUACUGACACGUCCUUUCCAAUCCUAUGAUGAUGACCUCAUCUCGAUGACCUAAGUUCCUGGCUUCCUGUUCCGAAGAUUCCGUUCCGACCUCAACACUGUGCUGCCAUCCAAGACGAAGAAGAAGGAAAAAAGAAACUCAGAAAGAAUAACUUGGUUGCCAUGGAAACCCACCCCCCAAAAAAAGGAAUGGAAGAAGAAGAAACAUAUACAAACGGAAUCACACAGAAAAUGACUUGGUAGCGUUGUGGUCUCGAACACAACCCUGAAGAGAAAAAAACAUCUGGGGGCCAUUUUGUCAAACAUCGGAAGGACUUGAAAAUGAAAGACACAGUAAAUGCACAGUUGGACUGUAGUCGUCCGUUCUUUCAUAAUGUAAGAGUUCUUACCUAGGUGGCCUGGUCCCAAAUGUAUGUAUUUUAGGCUAACUCCUCGUCAGAGAGAAUAAUAAAUGUCUAAGCACAUAAUGUACAGAUUUGGUACCAGGCCAGGUCCUGGACCUCGGCUCUUUGACACAAGGAAGUUCAAAAUGACAACCAUCUAACACAGCUUCAACUUUGUUUGUUUUUGUUACAUAUCACUUAGCAGCUCUUUUGUAAAUGAGUGUACAUUUGGCUACUUACUGUAAAAUAGGCAAACUUUUGUUCUAAUGUUGCAUAAGAUUGUGCAUAGCACUGUACAGAAGACGUCCUACACUUCCAACCCAUUUGAUUCUUGAGUUCAGUUGGAUCCCACUUCCUUUGUCAGCCCGACGAAAGCACUAGAAAACACAAUUAGCACGACAUGAAGGAUGUGUUGAAGAUUGUGGGUUUAAAACAGGAUGCAGUCAAAAAGCUGUCUUGUCAUAUCUUUUGAAGGUCGAAAACGGUACCUAGUGUUUAUGGUGUACUUAACAAUGGACAUUGAGACCUCUGGAUGGCCUUACCAUCUGACAUUGACACAUGCACGUGCCUAGUCACUUAGCACCAAACAUCACCACAUCUUAAAGUGGAGACUUUCCCAGGGGGGACAUUGAACUAUGGUGUGACACUACUCUGAGCUGAAACGUGUGAGUCGUCGGCCCUACUCUGAGCUGAAACGUGUGAGUUGUCGGCCCUACUCUGAGCUGAAACGUGUGAGUUGUCGGCCCUACUCUGAGCUGAAACGUGUGAGUUGUCGGCCCUACUCUGAGGUGAAACGUGUGAGUUGUCGGCACUACUCUGAGCUGAAACGUGUGAGUUGUCGGCACUAAUCAGAGCUGAAACGUGUGAGUUGUCGGCACUAAUCAGAGCUGAAACUUUUGAGUUGUCAUUGGUCUCUUUACAUAUUGGUGCCUUUGCCAUCAUCAAUGCAAGCAUUUCUAUACUCACUCCACUAAUGUGUGUAAUGUCUAGUGACGUACAUGUUCUUACGGUAUGUGGUAUACAGUGUCUAGAAGAGCCCAAAUGCCUUGUGACCUCCUUUCACUACAGUCAACUAUAGCUGACAUGAUAGUUCUCUUGCCUUGGCACGUGCAGCAGACAUUGUCUCUUGGUAAAUAUGAUCUUAUAGCCCCUGUCAACUGUUGCCUUAGACAAGUUAGUGAGUUGAGUUGUUGCCUUAUUGCCUUCGAUCUGGUUAUGGCUUUACACGCCUUGUGCAUUUUCGAUAUAUUCCAAUUUGUGCAUCAACAAGUUACAUCCAAAUCAAUAAAUCGAUGAGCAUUGUUUUUGUGGCCAAUUUUAAAGAUGGCAGCUGAAGGCCAGCAGCUGAAGGCUAGUUGAAGACCAGCAGCUGAAGGCUAGUUGAAGGCCAGCAGCUGAAGGCUAGUUGAAGGCCAGCAGCUGAAGGCUAGUUGAAGGCCAGCAGCUGAAGGCUAGUUGAAGGCCAGCAGCUGAAGGCUAGUUGAAGGCCAGCAGCUGAAGGCUAGUUGAAGGCCAGCAGCUGAAGGCUAGUUGAAGGCCAGCAGCUGAAGGCUAGUUGAAGGCCAGCAGCUGAAGGCUAGUUGAAGGCCAGCAGCUGAAGGCUAGUUGAAGGCCAGCAGCUGAAGGCUAGUUGAAGUCCAGCAGCUGAAGGCUAGUUGAAGGCCAGCAGCUGAAGGCUAGUUGAAGACCAGCAGCUGAAGGCUAGUUGAAGUCCAGCAGCUGAAGGCUAGUUGAAGUCCAGCAGCUGAAGGCUAGUUGAAGACCAGCAGCUGAAGGCUAGUUGAAGGCCAGCAGCUGAAGGCUAGUUGAAGGCCAGCAGCUGAAGGCUAGUUGAAGGCCAGCAGCUGAAGGCUAGUUGAAGGCCAGCAGCUGAAGGCUAGUUGAAGGCCAGCAGCUGAAGGCUAGUUGAAGGCCAGCAGCUGAAGGCUAGUUAAAGGCCAGCAGCUGAAGGCUAGUUGAAGGCCAGCAGCUCAAGGCUAGUUGAAGACCAGCAGCUGAAGGCUAGUUGAAGGCCAGCAGCUGAAGGCUAGUUGAAGGCCAGUAGCUGAAGGCUAGUUGAAGACCAGCAGCUGAAGGCUAGUUGAAGGCCAGUAGUUGAAUGCUAGUUGAAGGCCAGUAGCUGAAGGCUAGUUGAAGGCCAACUAAAGGCCACUGGUUUAUGUCUGUAUGCUGCUCACUGUUCUAAAGAGUUAAGCCAUGAAGAAAACACCUUCCGUUUGAUUUUUUUAUUGAGGUGGAAAGCUGACAAAAUAAAUUAUGGUGAAUGAUGUUGAAUGACAUCCUGGUAUGAUAUGACGAUACUAAUUAUUAUUUUUGAGAAUAUGUAUAUAGUUUGUAUUGUUUCUGUAAAUACUACAUCCUCAGUUCGCUGUGGUAUCACCCUGUUGAUUUUGUACAUUUUAAAACGUGACAAAUAUGUUGUACAUAUUACAGAUUUGUUUUAUUUAUUUAUAUAUAUAUAUACACACGUAUAAAUAUCUUGAUUGUAUGUUUAAUUUUCCUAAGCUCUCGUGUCUACUGUGAAUGGUUACACAGCUGUUAAUAUUGUCCCAUCAUCAUAACCAACCAACCAAUGUUCAUUGUCUUGAUUCAUUAUCCAUUGAAUCAUUAUCUUGGUUGUGUGAAUGACACUGCUGGUUCUGAACAACAGUGUAACGUUCAGAUCCAUAUAUAGACAUACAUCUAUGGUUCAGGUGAAGUUGAUGUUUGUUCUGUUAUAUGGUUAUGUUUUUAUUCACAGCUGAUUGAGGAUCUUACAUUUUAUAGACUAAAUUGUCCCCGUUGUGCAGUGUUUUAUGACCUCAGUUGUGGUGUGUAAAGCACAAUGUUGUGUAUCACCCUAAGAUGUACGAGUCCACAGGACAGAGCACCAACCGCAGCUUGCCUGUUACAUGCAAAUUGCUCUUCUUGUUGAGUCUUAAUUUUCCUGUUCAGAGAAUCCAAUCUCAAAGUGACCAUUGUAUAGUUUGUGUUGUGAUUAUUUUGUUUAAUAAAAGAUAAAUAAUGAUCAAG